UAAAUUUUAAACUCCAACAAUCGCUGUCUUGCCGCCCGUGCGAUGUCCUCGUGAUAUUUUAUUUUUGGGCGAGAAGAGUGGGAUUACGUUGAGACCACUCGCUUCCGACGAGACGACGACGUUUUUAGGCUGUGGAGAAGUGAAUAUUUUGAGAGAACGACAUUGAAAGACGAUUUUACUCGAGCACCCGAAAUGUCUCACGCACUGCGAUCAAACCCGGUGGGAAACAACAUCAUGAAUAGUGAGAAUCAGAUAAUGCCUAGAAAGGGCAUUGCUACCAGAAGUACGCACGGCCAACAAAGAGCUGUCCUCGGUGAAAUUGGUAAUAGGGUCAAGGGACUGUCUGUGAAUAAUGGCCUGAAGAAAGGAUCCAUUGCCGCUCAAAGCAGGAAACCUUUGGUCCGAUCAAAGGCCACCAGCUCCAUCAGGCAAGCACCUGAUGCUGCACCUCAACCUGAGCCCAGCAAGCCAUUCUCGGCAUCGGAGGAGAUUGAGAAGCUGAAUGCCUACUCCAGCAAGCUGCUGGAAGUGGAUGACAUCGAUGCUGAAGAUGCAGACAAUCCUCAGCUGGUCUCCGAUUAUAUUAAAGACAUCUAUCUGUAUCUGCGAUUUCUAGAGGAUAAGUUCCGGAUCAGCGAAAAUCAUCUGAGGAACAGUCAAAUUACCGGCAAGAUGCGCGAGAUCCUGGUCGAUUGGCUUGUCCAGGUCCACCUCAAAUUCAAGCUGCUUCAUGAGACCCUGUACCUGACAGUGGCCGUCAUCGACAGAUUUUUGCAGGUGGACACUUCCAUAUCGCCUAGCCAGCUGCAGAUGGUGGGCGUCACCGCCAUGUGGAUUGCCAGCAAGUACGAGGAGAUCUACGCGCCCGAGGUCAACGACUUUGUCGUGAUUGCCGACAAGUCGUUCGACACGGAGCAGAUGCGCCAGAUGGAGCGUCAGAUCCUGACGGCGCUGCGCUUCGACUUGGGCCGGCCGCUGCCGCUGCACUUCCUGCGCCGCAACAGCAAGGCCGGCUUCGUCGACAACCGGCAGCACACGCUGGCCAAGUACCUGAUGGAGCUCAGUCUGCAGGACUACGGCCUGGCGCACUGCAAGGUCUCGCAGCUGGCGGCCGCGGCGCUCUGCCUCUCGCUCAAGGUGCUGCAGGACGACGACACGGAGGGCUGGACCCAGACGCUGGCCCACUACUCGUACUACGACGAGAGCCGGCUGCGCCCGACCAUGUGCCGGCUGGCCGACUUGGUGCUCAAGGCCAACGACAAGCUGGCGGACAGCCGUGCCAAGCGCGUGGCCGUGGCGCGGAAGUACGCCAACAAGAAGUUCCUGUGUAUCAGCGCGCUACCCGAGCUAUCCGGACCGGUGAUCACGGAGCUGGCGGCCGAGGCGCCGCUCUGAGUGAGCCGUCGAGGCGAGCCGCGCUGCCCGAGCUGCCCGGACCGGUGAUCACGGGGCUGGGGAUAGAGCCGUCGCUCCGGGGGAGUCGUCGAGACGAGCCACGCUGCCCGAGCUGCCCGGACCGGUGAUCACGGGGCUGGGGAUCGAGGCGCCGCUCCGAACCAGCCGUCGAGUCUAGCUGCGUCGCGCCACCCUGCCCGCUGUCGCUCUGUCUGCUUCUACUGCUGCCGGCGCCACCUCGGUGCAGUCUUUGAACCUUUGUGAUGAGCCGUUUUAAUUUUUGGCAACCUUUUGCGCCCGACCCGCUUCACAGGCAUUGCUACCCUUGGAGGAUUUUAAGAGAUUGUCACACUUUUAGAGAUUAUUUGGAAUACUCGCCGUAUGUGGGUGCUUGUCCCCGAUGUGGUGGUCGGUUUGGCCCCGUUUUCGCCCUGUCUUCCGUGUUGUCGCUGUGUCCUGGCGCCGCCAGAGGCGACAAGAGCGCAGAAGCCGCUUGUUUUAUGACGUCGCGGCGGUGUGGCGCCCUCUCGCUCGCUGACAGCUCAAUAAAUGUUGGCUAGGCCUCUUCUUCUUUCCUUUUAGUUAGUUUGCUCACCUGUGUGACAAAGCAGCGCGCGAAACGGCGGCGGCUGUCGGGGGCGCCGUUUCGCCAGUGGAAAGCUGAUCCGACAGCGGUAAGGAGCAAGCAGUGCUUCUUUUGAUCGAUCGAUUCCACUUUCGAGGUUCCGACUGCGGUAGCGCGAUGUUUCCGCUACAGUUUUUUAGUGUUCUGUCGGCUUCCUUCAUGCUGCAUGUUACCAAUAAUGCUGUAUAUAUGCCCAGAGCCAAGCGAAAUAAACGUAGUAGACGACU